AUGGAUUCAACUGCCGCUCUCGUUUCUGGUCAUGAAUGGCCUUCACAAAACCCAUUGUUCAGCAAACUUGGAGAUUACUUCGAUCGACCCGAAUGGUGGGAUGAAGGCGCUGAAACUCUCAAAGCGUUCUUCGACGAACAUACGCCACAAGAGGAUAAGACUGACCAGCGCUUGGAAGAUCUCUUAGAUCUUCUUGAGCCUUUGAAAGUGUGCGAAGAACCAUCACGACCAAACAAUGCCGGCGUUGACCUCAGUGACCUCUCUGCUUGCCAACGAGAGCCAAAGCAUGACCUGAGACGCCACGAAGAUCAUGCUAUUGAGCCGAGCAGCAAUGACGUCCAGCUUCAAGCAGAGCCUGUGAGCCUCAGCGAUAAUUCGUUUCCAACUGCCAACCCAGUCCAUGCCGAAUCUGUAGAGAACGGAGUCGCACCUGCCAUCACAAAUGACACUCAAAAUCCUCGAUCCCCUCCAGAGGACUCUGUCUUUGUGAAGCAUUUUCCAAUCUUGGACACCAAUGCCCUUGGCGACGCCAUCAACACAUCGUCACCUUUGUUCACUGGCACAACCACAAGUACCAGGCAAACUAGUCCUCGGCUGGACUCGAGUACUCGAGCAUCUUCCAUAUCCGCAGAUGUGGCAGUCAGCUUCAAUUCUUCUGUCGAAGACGAGAUAGCUACACCUUCCCUAUCAGAAGCAUCCAAACUUGGCUCUUUUGUUAGCGAUGCCACAGUUAACCAUCAAGCAGACUUGCCACCUGAGAUCACCAAAAAGAACAAUGACAACGCUGUGACAGACUUAGCUGCUUCAGUCGAGAAAGGCAUCACUUCUGUUCCUCUCGAUCACAUGAACGACCGAGCCUCCAACGAGCAAAGCGCUACCACGAAGGAAAUUACGACAGUGUCAGAAAACGAUCCAACAGGCCUUCAAGCUAUCAAAGACGAGAUCUCGGAUGAAUACGAGCUGCCGAAAGACGUCGACUCGAGCAUGCUUGCUCAAGAAGAUGAUGUCUCUGUCGUACAUGAUCCCUCUGCAGCAGCAACCUCGUUCUUCCCACCCAAUCCUUACUCCGACGACCCUUACGAUUCCAGCGUCUAUACUGCGCAAGUUCAACCUGCAGCUUCGAAUGAGAACUAUGGGCAUAUUGACGACUUAUCCGCCGACUCGACUCUGACUUCUUUGGCUUCUGGUGAUGGACAGACCAGCAUGAACACUGUGCAACUUCAGUCUACAGUUCACAAGGAAGAGCUCAACGAUCUAAACCACGAGAAUAUCGAUAACUCGUCCGCCGACUCGACCCUGACUUCUCUCGCUUCGGGUGAUGGACAGCUGCCUGGAAGCCAGCCCGUGAACCAAGUCAACGUUCGCGAGCGAUACACACCAUCUCCACCACCUAUCUCCCCAUUGACUCCACCGCCGAAUUCCGCCGACGCCACGUAUGCCAACGCAGAUGUGAUGGACAUGGCCGGCUCAGAAGACCGUGGGAAGAAUGCACCAUCAGCAAUUCUGUCGACAGUGGAUCAGGACGUCACUAUUCUCAGCGAUGCCGCGACCAAGCAAGCCGGUGAUGACCCAUUGCAAGGACCUAGGGCCUCAGAUACGGUUGAUGAAGUUGUUGAUAAGCUGGCUGAUGAUAACGGCGUCGAUGGCACAAAGACCUCGUCAGAUUCUCUGACCCUUGUCAAUGCAAAACGCAAGCAAGAACAACCCCAUGCAGAUGAGCCCGCACAAAAGAAACGCCUUCUGCCAAGCACAGAAGAUGGGCAUCAACCAGAAACCAAUACCGAGACAGUCCCCGCAUCUGAGAAGAAGGCAGUCAAAGGCAAAUCGAGGAAACCAGCACAGAAAGUCAUGAAUAGAGCAACCCCUAGACCUGCACAACGCGAUUCACCUGACGAACUUGCUCCAGCCUCACCAGACGAGCUCGCUGAUACUUCCGCAUCAAACCCUUUCAAUCUCAACAGAGGGUCUCAGAGACUUGGAAAGACAAAUCUUCCUCCUCUCAGAAAGCUUAUAGGUAUCCAAAGGGCCACAAGAGGAGGGGCUGGUCGCAAAGAAUUGGCUGGACUUCAUGCGGCUUCGCCACCUCGUACAGCCGCAGAGAAGGCAAAGUCGGACGUUGGUGGAAGACUGCGAAGCGGAUCUCAGACUCCUGCACCUGCUUCCGCUUCUGACAUUGUGCCCAACGCACAAACGACCAUUGCAGCUGAGACCGAUGAGACCGAAGAGACAAACACCCCUGCUCAACCCAAGAGAAACAGACUACCCGGUGCCCAUCCUCUUAGUGCCCUAGAACUGAGAGAGCUCGGCGAUGCUCCCAUCUUAGAGUCAAGGACAAGGACAAGAACCACAACAGUCGAGCCUGCUCCAGACCCUGCUACCCAGGAUAUAGCUAAACCCGCACCAAAGCGUACAAAGGCAGCCAUCAGCAACGCAGAAGUCGAACGUUUAGGUACUGUUGAGAUCACAGAAAACAGGACCAGGAGCUCAACAGCCGAGCCCACUCCUGCACCCACACCUGCACCUACUCCUGCAAAGCGGGCCAAAAAGCCAGUUGCAAAAGCUGUGGCACAAAGCGGUGGUAGACCCAAUCCUUUCGCUUUGACAUUGAAAUCAAAGGGUACCCCUAGCGUAUCCAGAAAGAGAGCGCCGCCAAAGAAGAAAAUAGUCGAGCCCGAGCAGAAGAAGGAAACGCCUGUUACAAAGCAGACCAAGGCAACGGCAAAGAGAAAGCGUGAGGAGGACGAUGACAAGGUUGGAGGUGGAGCCACGCGAGCUAGUAAGAGGGUUGCUGGAGAAGAACCUGAGGGACAAUGA